UUUAAUUGGCAUUGACGCUGAAAUUUACACUCAUCAUGUGCAUAACGAGAGAGGGCUCGGAGUCAUAACGUAAGGUGAUACUUAAUUAAUUUAUACAAAAUGUUCUCUGAGAACCAUACCUAUAAAAUGAUGUCGAAGCUUGUACUUUUGUUUGGAUCUAUUCUUUUGGUUGGAGUUUUUUAUUUUGUUGAAUCAAGCAGUAGUCAACGCUAUAUUGGCAAUGCAGUCCAUAAAGAUUAUCCGGGAAUGUGUUUUUAUAAUGACACUCAAACACCCAUUAAAAUCGGACAAACUUUGAGGCCAACUUCUGAAUGUGUUCAAAUUUAUUGCAGAGAGGAUUUUGUUCUUUAUUUAUUAUACUGUCCUCGUUACAUGCUUGGUGAUGGUUGUGAGGUGACGUUUGAUGUAGGUGCAGAGUUUCCAAAAUGUUGUGCUGAUAUUAAAUGCCCGAAAAGAUUCCCCGGAAUCAAAUAAUCUUUAACUAACACUUUUACUGUGUGUAUUGAUGUAGAAGAUUAUGCUGUGAUGUUUUAUUUAUUUAUAAAUGUGCAAAAUUUUAAUAAAAGAAUCUUUCUAAACGGAACGGAAUCCAUUCUUAUAUGGUUUUCUGAGAUUAGUCUAUUACUUUCAAGCUAAUAAAACAAAAACGAAUUGAGUUAUAAAUCGAUUUUUCGUCUCAAAUAGUUGUUAUUUUUACUUGCUCUAUAGGGCAAGUAUUGGUUUCGUGUAGAAAAAAAAAAUCGAGGUUUUAAUCAAAACCAACAUUACGAUGAUGGAGAAGAUAAAAAAAGUGGUUUUCGUCAUGCCGUCCGUCGGUCUGUGCGUCUGUGCGUGUGUGCGUGUGUGCGUCCAUCUGUACAUCGAGCUAGGGCCUUGGAAACUUGGUACAGAUGAUUUUUACGUAAUUCCCUAGACCCAUUUUUUUUUAUUUUUUUAAUAUCUCCAUUUUAACGCAUACCUCCCAAAAAACGUUUUUGAGGUAUUGCAAAUUUCUCGAAAACGGCUCUAACGAUUUCGAUCAAAUUUGGUGUGCGGAAUACUCUUAUUGAUUCCAACAAAACUGCGUUUUUAUUUUUUCUCAAAAAAUGCGGAGAACGGAAAUAUGGCGUUGCCGUUUUUCAAAAAUUGACAUAUUUUUUAAGUUCAUAUGAUUCAUCAAAGCAUUAGUUAUUUU